AUGGCCACAGCAGUCCACAGAAAUGGAAGCCUCUCCACAGGGUCCUUGCAGGGCUUUGUGCUGAUGGGAUUUGGGGGAAGCACAGAGACCCAGGCCCUGCUCUUUGCUAUCUUCUUGGUCCUGUAUGUGAUGACUGUCCUGGGCAACCUCACCAUGAUCAUGGUCAUCACCCUGGAUGCCCGCCUGCACUCCCCAAUGUACUUCUUCCUCAAGAACCUGUCCUUUGUUGACCUCUGCCUCUCUUCUGUCAUUAUCCCUAAUGCCCUGGCCAACAUCUUCUCUUCUUCUAAGACCAUCAGCUUUGCAGGAUGUGCUACUCAGUUCUUCUUCUUCUCCUUGUUGGCUGCCACCGAGGCUGUGCUCUUAGCUGUGAUGGCCUACGACCGUUUCAUGGCCAUCUGCAGUCCCCUGAGGUACCCUGUGACCAUGUGCCCUAUGACUUGUGCCCGUCUGGUCCUGGGCACCUUCUGUGUGGCUUGCCUAAACUCCAUUGUGCAGACCAGCCUCACAUUCCAGCUGCCUUUCUGCAGUUCCAACUACAUUGAUUAUUUCUUUUGUGACGUGCCCCCACUGCUCCAGCUGGCCUGUGCCAACACAGCUCUCAAUGAGCUUCUUGUCAUGUUUGGCAUCUGUGGGUUCAUCAUUGUGUGUGCUGUGUUUGUGGUCAUCAUCUCUUAUGGUUACAUCACAGUGACCAUCCUGAGGAUGCGCUCAGGGUCAGGGAGACACAAGCUCUUCUCCACCUGUGGCUCUCACAUGACAGCUGUGUCCUUGUUUUAUGGAACUGGCUUUGCUAUAUAUGGCCAGCCAGGAGGUGUGGCAUCCAUGGACCAAGGCAAGGUGGUCUCCACAAUCUACACCCUGAUCAUCCCCAUGCUCAACCCCCUCAUCUACAGUCUGCGCAACAAGGAUGUGAAGGAUGCCCUCAGGAGGCUGGGACACAGACACAGUCUAGUGAAGGAGAGUGGCUAGUGACAUCAUCAGGAGCUAUGCUAGGGUCACAGAAGGGA